AAUUUUUAUUAUUAUUAUUAUAUUUUUAUGUAACGUCUCUGACGUUACGCUGUUGUAUUGAGUGCCACGUCACGGUGGGCGGGGCUUCAGCGGAGGCAAAAUGGCGACCACCUACAGCAGCUUCAGCUUGCACACGACGCCUGAGAAGUUCUACAUCGAGGCGUGUGACGAUGGCGCUAACGAAGUCCUCGCUAUUGACCGCGUGUCUACGGAGAUGACGCUGAUAGGGAUGAAGGACAUCCCGCCUUCAGCGGUGACCCGGCCGAUAUGCGGCAUCAUGGGAACGAUACGGCUGGUAGCAGGCACGUACCUCCUCGUGAUCACCAAGAAGAGGAAGGUGGGGGAUCUGCUGGGACACGCCGUGUGGAAGGCCGUGGAGUUCGACGUGAUCUCGUAUAAGAAGACGGUGCUGCACCUCACAGACACGCAGAUGCAGGACAACAAGGCCUUCCUCGCUAUGAUCAACAACGUCCUGAACACAGACGGCUUUUACUUCGCCACCGACUACGACCUCACACACACCCUGCAGCGCCUCGCCAACACCAGCCCCGAGUUCCAGGAGAUGAGUCUGCUGGAGAGGGCGGAUCAGAGGUUUGUGUGGAACGGCUACUUGCUAAGAGACUUCAGCACUCAGCCUGAGCUGCACAGAUUCGCCUGUCCUGUGAUCCACGGCUUCAUCGCUAUGAAGUCCUGCUGCAUCAACGGGAAGGUCUUCGACUGGAACCUCAUCUCCAGGAGGAGCUGCUUCCGCGCCGGCGUUCGCUACUACGUCCGAGGAAUCGACUCUGAGGGUCAUGCGGCAAACUUUGUGGAGACAGAGCAGAUCGUUCAGUACAGCGGCGCCAAGGCUUCGUUCGUACAAACACGUGGCUCCAUUCCGUUCUUCUGGUCCCAGCGUCCAAACCUCAAAUACAAACCCAAACCGCAGAUCAGCAAGAGUGGCAAUCACCUGGAUGGUUUUCAGAGACAUUUCGACUCGCAGAUCAUAACCUACGGCAAACAAGUCAUUUUAAAUCUGAUUAAUCAGAAAGGUUCUGAGAAACCGCUCGAGCUCGCCUUUGCCAAGAUGGUGGAGAGUCUCGGCAACGGCAUGAUCAAGUACGUGGCCUUUGACUUUCAUAAGGAGUGCAGCAGGAUGAGGUGGCAUCGCCUGCAGAUCCUGGUGGACACGGUGGCUGAGCAGCAGAACGAGUUCGGCUUCUUCCUGGUGGACGCAGACGGAACGGUCCAAAUGCAGCAGGAGGGGACGUUUCGUAGCAACUGUAUGGACUGUCUGGACCGUACCAAUGUGGUUCAGAGUCUCCUGGCCAGACGAUCGCUUCAGUCUCAGCUGCAGAGAAUGGGCGUCCUCCAUGUUGGACAGAGAAUCGAGGAUCAGGCUGAUUUUGAAAAGAUAUACAAGAACGCGUGGGCCGACAACGCUAAUGCGUGUGCUAAGCAGUACGCUGGUACAGGAGCGCUGAAGACAGACUUCACACGGACAGGGAAGAGGACACAGUGGGGGUUGGUGAUGGACGGCUGGAACUCGAUGAUCAGGUAUUACAAGAACAACUUCUCGGAUGGAUUCAGACAGGACUCCAUCGAUCUGUUUUUAGGAAACUAUGCUGUGGAUGAAGUGGACAUGAACACGAAUCUCCAUGAAACCAAAGACUGGAAGUUCCUCACGCUGCCAAUCAUCAUGGUGGUGGCGUUCUCCAUGUGCAUUAUCUGCCUCCUCAUGGCUGGUGAGACGUGGACGGAGACGUUAGCGUACGUGCUGUUCUGGGGAAUGGCGAGCGUGGUCACGGCCGGCGUGAUCCUCUUCAACGGCCGAGACUUCGUGGACGCGCCCAGGUUGGUCCAGAAGGAGAAGAUGGACUGAGAGUGCGUGUGUGGAAAGCAGCUGGGUCCCGUCGACUCUUCGUCCUCGUCCUCAUCCCCGUCUUCGUCCUCGGGACUUUCCUUCUCUCGUCUGCGCCGUGACUGGAGCCUGUACUGAACGUCAUCAUCAUCGCCAUUCUGUCACGAUGGAAGAGGCACGGAGGAGGAGGGAGGAACAGAAGAAGAGCAGGGGCCAGGCGGGGCCAAACGGGUGGGCGUCGGCGAGACGGACUCGAAGCCACGCCCACCCGCUGCUCUCCACACUGCAGUCUCAUCUCAGAGGAACAGCCCGGACCGAAGGGGGCGCUGUUCUUCAUCUCAGAGCUACACUGGAGAAAACGCAUCUGUGUGACCCUUCGACGUCUUCGACACACACACACACACACACCAUAAUGUAGCUUGUAUUUUAAUAAUGAUGUUUAUGUCCUUAAGAAAAGGUUCCUGGCCCCCUUUCUGGCACUUGUAUGGCAAAUUCAGGGCGGGCGAUAUGACAAUAUUUUAUCAUUUAUCGCGAUAUAUUGCGAUAUAUCAUGAGUAUCGUCUGUAUUUGUAGACACUAAACCCAGUUGCAUGAGUCAUAAGAGAUUUAGACCAAUCACGGAUUCAGUAAACAAGUGUUUAUUUUUUGUAAGCACUGAAAUGAAAAAUAUUUGACAGCAUUCUGUGUUACAACUAAAAAAAAAAAAAUCAAUAUUGUAACUUCUGUAUUGUGUGUCUGGAAAAUGUCUGAAGUGGUAUGUGAUUAUAUUUAUUGCCGUAUCGCUCGCCUCUGUGCCAAAAUUCAGUCUGAUGUUGAUAAUCGGAUAUGUUUAUGUUUCAGUUGCCAUGCCGAUCUGUUGAUUCAGAUUUACCUCGCCUGUCCAAUCUACGUUAAACGAGCGGUUCGGCCAAAAGUGAAAUGUACACGUAUUUCCACUCGAACACAAAUGUGGCCUGAAAAGAUGUUUGGUGUGUGAAGUUUGCUUCUUUAGUUUUGCCCUGGAGCUAAUGAAGCUAAGAAGUCACAAAAGCUCAGACCUGCCAACCUUUACGCAUUUUGCGUAGGAGCUCCAAAAUACAUACGCUAAAAAAUACGAAAAGUCUUAUAAAUACGCCAAGUCUUCAUUUUUCCUCUCAAUAAAAAUGACAGAUAAAUCAGUCGACAUGGAUGACUGACAGCCGCGUAGGUGUUUUGAAAUAGUUGACUCGCUGGAAGCCACGCCCCCUUUCUCUCAUCUCACAUUAGCGAUCUUUCAGCCGAUGCGCUCGGCUCGUCUCGGCUCGUCUCAUCUCGGCUUUCUGUCACUGUGCAUGGAGAAUGUUUUGAGUUCAUUAAUAUGAAAUAAAAUCAGCGUAUGUUCGACUUAGCUAACAUUAGACAAUCAGUUAACUGUAAUUAUUAGGGAUGUAACAGAUUUUUGGUCAAUUGUGGGGAAAAAAAAGUUUUUUUGGGGCCAGAAGAGAUAAAAGGAUGAAACCUUUGACUGAAUUAAAAAAAAAGAUUAAACAGGCCUACAAUGAAGUGCCAAAUCUAACACUACUGUAUCAUUACUACUAAAAUUAUGUUCAAUUAGAAAGUGAUAUAAAACUCUGUUCAGCCAGAUUGAGCAGCAGAUCAGCAGUGAAAAUGUCAGCCAUCACUACGAAGGACAUGAUUUAUAAAGAGAUUAUAAUUAAUCUGCUUCAUCUGAACUACGCAUUAUUUCUCUUUAGGGUUGCCAAGUCUGAAAGCUUAGAGCCAUGGAAUUAACAUAGUUCAAACUGCAUAACACCAUUUAUACAUAAACGCUUAUCAGAUCAAAUCUGGAGAUGUGUGACCAUCAGAAUCACAUGUUUAAACUUUAAACUUUGAAACAGAAAGUGUACCUUUCAUUUUUGGCCUUUAUUGUGUUUAUAAUGAUUUAAUAUCACACGAGUGGCCACUUGCAGAACAAGGCUAUUUCAAGAACAACAACCUGAACCUCAGCAGCAAGAACAACACACUCAGUUCAGUCACAUUAGCUUGCUAACCUGCUAAUUAGCUAGCUUGAUAAAUAAAUAAUGAAGUUGCUUCAGCAUUGUAGAUGCUGUAGAUGGCCAAUCGAGUGCUGUAUAGUUUUUGUUUUAUUGCUUCUGUUUUGCCACGUAACGUGGGCGCGUUUAAAACCAGGAUUUGAACGCGGCUAGCCGUGUUUGCCGGGUUAGCCGCGUUGCAUUUAUAUUCAUUCGUGCAUUUAUAAAGCUAAUAAGGUACAGACCUCAACCAGAGACUGGGAUAUAAUAAUGGUUUAAUGGUUUAAUGUUUAUUUAAUGUCUGCCAUUUUCUUUUUGUCUCAUUUUAUUACUUUGUCCAUUUUGAUUUUACUGAAACGUUUUAUGUAGUCGAGUGCCUGCUAAAAGGUGGACAUGUGCCGAUAUGAAAUGUUUGUCAUGAUAAAUUGCCCAAAUUGUAUCACAUUUUGCAAUAAUAUCGUGAUAUCGCUAUGUUUAAAUUUUUGAUAACACUGACAUUUUUCAAUAUGGUGGAAGUUCAGUUAGCGGUUAAUACUUUUACAGUGAAUUUUAGUCUUAGAAAGUCUUUUCUUGGAAAUUAACCAGCACAUCUGAGGAAAAUGUUGAUGUUUUUGAUCAUUUCGUCUCAUUUCCAUGAUCACUGUGCCUUUACAAUGUCCAUAUAAAUGACUUUUAAUGCUGUGUGCUAGCUAGCUACAUUUUUAGCUUCAGGCAUUAGCUAUAUUUAUUCUCACAACAUUAAUCCCCUGAAAUUUGAGUGUCUUAUGUAUGACUUCGCAUGUUGAAAAAGGUCAAAAUUUACAAGAUUCCUUUAAACACUGCAUUGCGAAAUUGCAAAAACGUUAUUCAGCAAUCGGAGUGAGGUUUUGUCGGCCAUGUUUUUUUUUUUCUUCUUUUUUUCAGAACUCUUUAUUUGUGAUCAGAAUUAUACCUAAAGUAAGAGACUUUAGUAGACAGCUUUAUCCUGGAGCAGUCUCCUCACAAAAAAAAUAUUUUGAAGUGUCCACACUAAUCAUAUUGUACAUAUUAAAUAUUGUGUAAUCGAAUAUCGGCACGUGCCUAGUGAACAUUCAUCUGACACGCAGUGAUAUCAUGACCUAGUGGAGUGGGACCAAGUAAAAAUGACUCGCCUCUGAGCUGUGCCACAUUUAUUUUAGGUUUUUAUUUUGUUGUUGUUGUUGUUAAUUCACAUUUUUGAGCAUUAACUCUGUAGCUUUGUAAAUUCCACGUGGAAUGGAUCGCCUGCCUUAAGCUGGGGAAGAAAGGAGUGGACAUGAAUACCACCAUCUUGCAUCUGCCUUAUCAGAGAAUGUAAAAGCAACAGCGGUUAAUAUUGUUAUGAAAAUUAUAUAAUCAUGUCUGUAUUGUACUUCCUUUUUCCAGUAGACUCUCAGAUCUGAAUUUAUGGACUUACAGAUCAAUCAAUUCGACAGAAGAGCCUCAGCCAAAUCCUCUGUUCAGCUAGUUUUGAUGCCAAACCUUCACACAUCACUUUGUCUAAUGCAUUAUAUAUAUUUAAUUAAAGGUGCACUAGGAUUAAA